CGUCGUCAGUUUGUGUGCGCGCGUACAACAAAACAGUACCGGCGCGGUGCGUGUGCGUGUCUCUCCCCCCAAAAAAGAGAUUUUCCCGAUUUUCCCCCAUGGCUUGCGUGCGAGGACUCUGUGUCCUGGUGGGAGUGGCGCUGUUUGUCCUGUUCGCGGAUAGGCAGCUGGAGGAAAGUGUCGGAGUGGACGCCAGUAUGAUCUAUGCCGGGAUAAAGCUGCCCUUUCCACGGCACCGCACCUUCUACAAAUCGGUCGGCGAGCGCAAGAUCGGACCCAACCUGUACGAGGUCAGCACGAUCAUCCAGGAGGACAUUCUGCUGCGCAAGCGGUGCGAGUGCAUGCUGCGGUAUCGGUGUCGCGUACCGCGCAACAUCUUCUAUCUGUCCAACCGCGAUUGCCAUCACCGCGAAAAAGUGUGCUGCGAGCUGCUGGAAAACGCGUACGAGUCCACCAACGAUACGGCGGCGGCGAUCGAGCACCACCACUUCGGAAGCGAUAAUGAGAUCUAGAGACGGACGGCUCUCCUCCUCCUCCUCCUUCUGCAAUGCUAACCUGAA